AUGCCAAAACCGGUCCCUUCGGCGGUGCCUACACGCCCCAUUAGCAUAUGUUUUCUUCCUCUCCGUACGGUCAAUUCCCGCAAACACUUCUCGUCGCUUUUCCGGCCGUUAGCGCAAACCCGGCAGCAAGAUCUGUUUCUCCCCGAGCCCUGGCAUAAAAGUCCCACUAGCUCGCCGACGCUGUUCUCCCAGACGGGACUCAAUCAAUCCGUAUCCAACGGACCCGGCAAAGACUCCAACGGCGGUGAUCAAAAGCCCCCGGAUGAGCGCGUUGUCAAACUCGGAAAAACCCUCCGCAUUCUAUCCCCACUCUUACCAACUCUUCUCGUGAACCCGCUGCCGUCGACCAUCCUCUCACCCAACGUCACCCUCCACCUCUUCCCCUCGACACACCCGCACUUGCCCACAGUAAAGGGGCGAACGCUGUACCGCGCAGCGCUAUGGACUGUCCCCGUCGCAUGGAGCAGCCUCCCCUUAGUCGGCAACGUCAAGCUCCAGAUCCUCAGUGAGCGCAUGGUCCGCGCCGGGACGGUGCUGGACCCCGAACGAUGCGGACAAAGUGACGGUGGCGAUGAGCGGCUCGUCGUGCGAUGGCGCACCGAGCCCCGGCGCGACGACCACCUGCAGCUCCCGAGCUCCGUGGGGACGACGAGGACGACGCGGCGUGGCAGCGAGCAGCCCGAACCCAACCAUGUGUCGGCUUCGAAGAACGGCAUCAACAAAGGUCUGAGCGUGCUGCUGGGCGGCGACGCGCCGAUCUUCAAGCUUGCCAAGGAAGAGCAGUUCACAGGCCUGUUUAUCUUCUCGUUUGACAAGGAGGGCCGCGUGCUGUCGCAUACGAUCGAACAUGCCGAUAACGCCACCGGCUGGGAGCGUACCGCUAAGUUCGUCACCUUGACGGACUGGUUGAUCGGUAAGGCGAGAGGGUCGUUGGAUCCCCCUGCUGAGCCGGGCCUGGCUUUCCAGGGAUGUCAGCAGUUCGAGAGUUCCGACGCGAGGGACGAUUGUCAGUCCUCUCGACGGUCAUGA